AUUCUGGUUGACCAGGGCCUUCUGCACUAGUCCCGUCAGGUUGGCCAGCUGCCUCUCCAUGUGCUCCACGCGAAUGCGGUGCAAGUCUUCUGGCCUGCAAGUGUUGCGUGCCGCCAAGCAGCAAUUAUUGGGCCACACAUCCGCUGGCACCGCACUGCUCCAAUUGCGCAGCCAAGCCUAGGCAUCCGACAUCGGAGCACAGACACCGGAAUUGGAUUUGGAAUCCAAGUCGAAAUCGAAACGUGGGUCGCAGCACUUAGCGCAUGGGAGCGUGAACCAAAAGCAGCGAGAAUGCAGCUGCCUGCAUAUGCUAAUAUUCGACUUCUUUAUACCCUAACCAGCGCAGCGCUGCGCUGCCAGGCCGCUCAGCUAGUCCAUCAUACCCGCCGUUCCGUUUGGCCGUUGGAAGCAGCAAAAAGUAAGUCCGUGCUAGCACGCAAUUUCGAUGCCAAUCCGCUUUCGCAGUCGACGAGUUGGAGCUGCGCAAGAACCACCAAGAGCUGCCCGCAAAGACAUGACUACAUGCAGUGUGACCAGCACACCAGCGCGGUUCGCCCGCUGCCUGGCCAAUUUCCAGAUGGACGACCUGCUGCUGCUGAAGAAGUCCGUGCUGAGUAUGCAGGCGCUGGAUAAUAGCGAUAGCAUCGCUAUUCCGACUACGGAAUGCCCACCGAUGGAGCCGGAUGGAUCGCCGCUGCCAGAGCGUAUGGCCUUGAUGGCCGCAGAUCGCGGAGAGCACGACAUCACCGGCUCCAGUGGUCCCUGGCACUCGCAUCCACACCCGCCGACUUCCUGGACCGAGCAGAAGCCCUCCAAGCUGCAGACCCUCUUCCAGAUCAGCAUUACGGCGCUGGCCUUUCUCUCGUUCGGCGGCUAUCUACUCUGCCUCAUCGUGCAGGCCAUCAAGAGCAAGGGCACCACCUACUUCCACCCGGUGGCCACGGCCACCACCAGCUCAUCCAACGGCAAUGUGAAACGCAUCAAGAUAUACCGCCGCAGCAGGCGCAGCAAGUCCAGCCCCGCUCACCACGGAACCGAGCUGCCGAUUCUGCUGCAGCAGGACUACGUCUCCUACAUGAAAUCUGUGCGGGAUCGCGGCUGGAGGAGCAUGCUCACCUAG